UUUUAUAGAAUAAUAUUAAAGCGUGUGAAAACAACAAAAAUGCUCAUUAGUUUCAAUGAGCAUGCAAUAUAUUAAAUAAAACGUGUCUAUGCUGCUUGUACUUCGUACCAAGUGUCGCAUACAAUUCGCUGCGUGUACGUGUGUGUGUUUGUGUGUGUGUGUGUGUGUGUAAGCUAAGCAACAAAGAAGCGAAACAGCUGUUAAGCGGCAAAAGCAACGUACAACUUUAAGCAUUCCAACUAAACAAAAAGAGUGGUAAACAAGCAACGAACGAACGGACGGACGUACCGACGGCUUACAGCUUUCAAAUGGCGCCAACUGUGUGCUCGGAGAAGAAAAUGCGCAUUGAGGCGCUCAAGGAGGUGCGACGACAAAGUCGCGGCGGCGUAUCCCAGUCCAGCGGCAACACCACACAGCACAGCAGAGUGCUGAACCUUGCUGCCAAAGGUUCAACGAACCUUGCGGGACGUCAGCAGCAGCGACGUCGUUUGUUCAAACUGCGACAGAACUCAAAAGCGAAAGCCAAAGCGGCAGCGGCCAAGGCGAGCGAACAAAAGCAGCUAAAGCAAAUGGAACUGGAUGAGCUGCCCAAUGCUGAGCUGAGCAAGCCGCAAAUGCACACACAUUCCAGCAAAGACAACAUUAAAACAGUAUUACAGCCUACUAUUGCCAGCAACAGCAACUGCCAUGGCGACAACAGCAGCAGCUACAACAGCAACAGCAACAACAACAAUAAUAAUAACAAAAUGGCAAUAGCUAAAUUCUGUGAUCAAGUGCACGGCGCGAAGAAUGUGUUCAACGAUGAUGCUGAUAGCGGAUUUGAUAUUUCGCUCGAGCCAGUUAGACAACAGGAUCGCCUGCUGUCCAUAGCCAUUAAGACGAUCAAGCUGGUGCAGCGCAAUAAGCUGUUGCAAAAGCGUUUGGCGCAGCUGCAACUGGAGACAUCCGCGUUCAUUGCCUCCGUGCUGGACAAUCCCGAGAAUCGCCACUUGCGCGACAAUCUGACGGCCAAGAAAUCGUUGCGUCACUAAGCGCGCUUGCUCGUGAGCCACAGAAAAGCAAAGCGGACCUCAAAUAGAAUAGACAAAGUAUUCACACACAACUUGAUCACUGAUAGUUAUUAAAAUAAUAUAUAAAAUGUUGUAGUAAGCAGCCUGGAGCUAAAAGAUGUUAAUGUUAAUGUGCCAAAAACAAAUUGUAAAAAUGAAGCAUACGCUGCAGCUUAAGCAUAUACAAAUAAUUGUUGCCUACUUUGCAGCGACACUGCUUUUUAAACACACAACAACCAAAGCUCCUCAAGAUGAGCAACAGUUUUUGUUUGUUUGCCAAGCACAAAGAAAAUUGACAAGUUCAUAGCUUGAAGUUUUAAAUACAAGUAAAUUCUUUUAGCGUCAGUUGUCUAUUACUCAGUUAGUCAAGAAAACAAACAAAACACUUUUAAGUUAAACUUCGAAUAAGCCUAGCUGUCUGACAUGUGCGUUUGCUUUUCUGUGGCACUGUGCUUAAGUUGUAAGCGAAUUGUACUGAUUACAUUUAAAAAAAAAAAACAACAACAAAGUGCAAACACACUUAACAUUUUGAUUAUACAUACAACAUAAAAGAUCACUAACAUAUUAAUAAAUAUAACUUACUAUACAUACGACA